CCGCCAUCUUGAAACGUGUUGUAAAGAAAAGUUGAUUUUUUAAAAAGAAAGUUGAUUUUUUGCUUUUUAAAAUAUGAGUGUGGAUCCAUACGGACCUGCUUCGCAAACCUUGACGUUUUUAGACACAGAUGAAAAUGAUUUCGGCGCGGAUACUCAAGGGAGUGCUUAUGAAUUUACUGAUUUUACAGCGCCUUCUCAAACACAGACCCAGUCGCAAGCCAGUCAGCCGGUCGCAGAAAGUCAACAAGAUAUCGCUCCUGAGAAAGAAGAAAGCAGUAAAGAGAAAUUAACAAACGGAGAGGAAGAAAGCGAAUCAAAAGAAGUUGGAAAUGUGACAAAAUCCAUGGGGGAAUUAAACUUUGAAGAAGAUGAUGAUGAAACAUAUUAUAGUAAAGAUCUCCCGUCACAUGCUUGCAGGUAGUACAUUAUUUAUAUUUAGAUAGAUUUGUAUUGACCUGGUUUGAGACAGAUGCUCCAUUUGGACGGACUUGGGCAAAGUUCAUAUGAUGGAUAACAGCUGUCGUGUGAAGAAUAGACAACUACCUCAAAAAUAUAAGCAGAACAAACUAGCAACUUUAUUGAAAUUCCUUGUUCACUUUGUUUAUUUGGGACAAAAAUAAAAGAACAAAGCAAUACUAGAUUCCCCUUAUCAUGUUUUCGAAGUGCUUUGCAUUGUGGUUAUAGUGGUAUCACUGAUAUUCAAGAUGGAUUAUUUUUUGUCCUGACCCGUGCAAGAACUUUUAAAAAAACUAGGGUCAGGUGUGUGAUAGCCAACAGCAAAAUAUUUGCAAAAACAUUCAAGUGAUACCACUAUAACCACAAUGCAAAGCGCUACGAAAAUGUAAUAAAGGAAUCAUCAAUUUAAUACUUUUAUAGAACAAUAUUGCAUGCUUCCAGAAAGUAUGUCACCUUGGCUAUAGAGCCUCGUUUUCAUUGGGCUUAAGGAGGCUCCCUACAGUUCCGUGCGGGAUGUUCGCGGGACAAGUACGUGAACUAUCUCACGCAACUGCAUGAUCAAAACAAAACAAAAAUUAACCAUGCUUUCCUCAAAAAUAAAGCUAUUUCUGAAAGGUCUCUAAUGGAAAAAAGCGUUGAAUAAUACUUCGUUUUGAGUGCCAAAUCACUUGCGAGUCUAUACAGCGAUUCUACGUAUGAUUCGAAUAUCACUAGACCAAAAAAUAGAUACGAAACAAUAUUUUUAAUUUUUUUUAUACACUGUCAACUGACUCAACUGUAAAACAUUUGCAAAAUUGCAUACAAACGUUUAAAAAGUUGUUUACUUCUCAAGAAAACGUUCACGUUUUUAGUUGUGUUUCUACAAGAUUAAAGUGAUUAUAUGUAAACAGAAAAAUAUUUCAGUUUCAUAGCCUAAUUGUUCAUUUUUAGCAAAAAGUACAAAACCAAACAUGAAACAAAAAACACGUCCACCUGUUAAUAGGCUGUUACAGCUCAUAGAUUGAGUAAACGGCAGGAUUCAAUUAGCUUCAACCUUGUUUUCAUCGAUUUAAUCCUUCACAAUAAUCCUUGGCUGUCCAUAGCACUCAAAUAAAUCGAAAAGUUGACAAAAACAGAACAGUAAAAACAACAUUGCGGCUCGAUUUUGCUGAAUGAAAACUCGUUCUGCGCCCGCGUACAAUCUUUUACUAGUCAGCGACGCUUUUCAAUAGGGGAAUUUCUCGAGUUACACGAGGCUAUUUUCUAACUUUAUUUGCAUUUUACUCAUUAGUUUCAUCGGUGACCUAUCUUCAAAUUUUGACCACGAAUUUAUUUUGCGGUAAAUUUUAUAAAUUUCAAAUUUUAAAAAAAUCUGUAGUGUGGAAAUUUCGCAAUAAAUUUUUCGCUUUUAAAAAAAUCACACACUACAGAAUUUUUUAAAACUUUCACCACAGUUGCAGAGCAUCAUUCCUUAUUGAUAUAUGAAAUAAAAAAGAUAGGUCACCGACAUCGUUUUUGAGAUAGCGGCACAUUUAUGGGUUAAAUUGGAAGGCUUUAUGCUGUCGUCAUGUUGCCAUGGGAACAUUGAUGUUGUCGAAAUCUAGUUUAAAAUGUUCCUUUGGUGACCAAUAUUGCCACCAAGUCGAAAAGAAUUCGCGUUCUGCACGAAUAAGCCUGUUUUACGGAAUUAUUGCUUAAACAAGAAUAACUGUAGGGAGCCACCUUAACUCAUGUCACACACACAUGAAAACGAUGCUCUUUAGCCAAACUGGCUUACCUUCCGGAAGGGUGUAUUGAUUAUGACAGGUGGCCAUCCAGUGUCAAACUGUACGUCCUAUGGGUGGCCAAUUUUGAGCUUAGAUGCCAUCAUGCUUCUAGCAAGGAUUCUGAAAGAGAAUGUGAUUCACUUCUACAGGGUUUCGGGCAUUGUUUCGCUGCGAAAACCUUUGAAUGUUGGGUAUUGGAUGCAACAUGUUAGGAUCUGUACUGCAUACUAAAGCCCAUUAAACAACUUUGAACAUUUUAUUUGAAAAUUUUAGAUACUGUGGCAUUCACGAUCCUGCUUCAGUUGUGCUUUGUAAUCAUUGCAAGAAAUGGUUUUGUAAUAGUCGUGGAAACACUUCAGGAAGGUAUAUUGAGAUCAGUGUUUAUAAAUAUAACAACAAACUUUCGCAUUUUCAUUUUCAAUUUUUUCGUUAGGAUUAAGACUGGGAUUAGAGCUACGUUCUAGUUGGGAUUAGGUUAGGAUUAUGAUUGGGAUUAGGUUAGGAUUCUAGUUGGGAUUAGGUUAGGAUUAUAGUUGGGAUUAGAUUAGGAUUAUGAUUGGGAUUAGGUUAGGAUUAUGAUUAGGUUAGGAUUCUAGUUGGGAUUAGGUUAGGAUUCUAGUUGGGAUUAGAUUAGGAUUAUGAUUGGGAUUAGGUUAGGAUUAUGAUUGGGAUUAGGUUAGGAUUAUGAUUGGGAUUAGGUUAGGAUUAUGAUUGGGAUUAGGUUAGGAUUAUGAAUGGGAUUAGGUUAGGAUUCUAGUUGGGAUUAGGUUAGGAUUCUAGUUGGGAUUAGAUUAGGAUUAUGAUUGGGAUUAGGUUAGGAUUAUGAUUGGGAUUAGGUUAGGAUUAUGAUUGGGAUUAGUUUAGGAUUAUGAUUGGGAUUAGGUUAGGAUUAUGAUUGGGGUUAGGUUAGGAUUAUGAAUGGGAUUAGGUUAGGAUUCUAGUUGGGAUUAGGUUAGGAUUCUAGUUGGGAUUAGAUUAGGAUUAUGAUUGGGAUUAGGUUAGGAUUAUGAUUUGGAUUAGGUUAGGAUUAUGAUUGGGAUUAGGUUAGGAUUAUGAUUGGGAUUAGGUUAGGAUUAUAGUUGGGAUUAGGUUAGGAUUAUGAUUGGGAUUAGACCUAGGAUUAACAUUGGAGGUAAGGAUUAAAGUUAGCAUUAUGGUUAGAGCUAGGAAUGUUAGUAUUGAAGCUAGGAAAGGCUAGGAUUAGGGGUUGGAAGGUUAUGAUCAAGGUCAGGAUUGUGAUUACAGUGAGGCAGAAGAAUGUUGUUUGUAUUUGUAGUCAUAUCAUCAAUCAUCUUGUGAGAGCAAAACAUAAAGAAGUGACAUUACAUAAAGAUGGGCCACUGGGAGAGACUGUUUUAGAAUGUUACAACUGUGCCUCAAAGAAUGUUUUUCUGCUUGGGUUUAUCCCAGCCAAAGCUGAUUCUGUUGUUGUCUUACUUUGUCGGUAAGUGUUCUUAUUUUUCACAAACAAAACGAAAGAUAGAUCUUGAGUAAGUGGGUUUUAAUAAAUAUUGAAAAAUAUAUUUUAAGAAAUAUUUUGUCACUUGAACAACUGCUGGUAUCAUCUGUUGCAGACAUAGUUAAAGAUACCAGUUGAAGUAAUAUGAUAGUAAACUGAUGGUAUUCAAACUCUUUAAUCUUCUUAGACAACCAUGCGCCACUCAGAGCAGUUUAAAAGACAUGAAUUGGUAUGUUCUUCAAUGAAUUUAGCCCAAUUUCCUUAUGGUAGUCUGUGUGUGAUGUAUGUCCACAAUCAUUUAUGUUGUUAUGAAUUUACUAAGUUGGAUAGAAAAUGCAAGACAGUUAUAUUUUCUAAUAUUCAGGGAUCCAACCCAAUGGCAGCCAUUGAUUAAUGAUCGAUGUUUUCUAUCAUGGCUGGUGAAAAUUCCCGCUGAGGAAGACCAGAUGCGAGCGAGACAGGUAGACAUCAUUUCAUAUUCACAGCAACUUUUUACACAAAUAUAUUAAUACAUGUUGUUUUCUUAGAUAAAUGCUCAGCAAAUCAAUAAACUGGAAGAGUUGUGGAAAGUAAGUCAAUUGUGAAAACGACAACUAUACCGUAAGAAUGAUCUGGUUUUUAUUAAUUAGAAUAUUUGUUAUUAUGUUAGAACAAUCCUGAGGCAGUUUUGGAAGAUUUAGAAAAACCAGGUGUUGAUGAUGAACCUCAACCAGUCAUGUUGCGGUAGGUUGUACAUACUUGUUUAUAUAAAAUAAUAAUCCUGAUUUCUGGUCUUUGCUUUGGUAACUUUGAAUUCAUGUUGUAUUGUUAUAUAUCUCUGUUAUUAUAUUUGAAGAUAUGAAGAUGCUUAUCAGUAUCAGAAUAUAUUUGGUCCUCUUGUCAAACUUGAAGCUGAUUAUGACAAGAAACUGAAAGAAUCUCAGGUAAUUAUCAUUCAAUUAAUGCCAGCUUAGGCUUAGGCUUAGAGUUAGGAUUAAGGUUUGGAUUAAGAUUAGGAUUUAAAGGUUAGAAUCAAGGUUAGGUUAGGAUCAAGAUUAGGAUUAAGGUUAGAAUCUAGGUUAGGAUUAAAGUUAGGAUCAAUAUUAAUGAAGGUUACGAUCAAUAUUAGGGUUAAGGUUAGGAUUAAGAUUAGGAUUUAAAGGUUAGAAUCAAGGUUAGGAUCAAGGUUAGGGUUAUGAUUACAGUUAGUGUUUGAGUUGAGCACAAGAAUGGCCAUAAGAAUGAAAUGAAAUGUUGUUGUAGACGCAAGAUAAUAUUGUGAUCCGCUGGGACAUUGGUCUGAACAAGAAACGUAUUGCGUACUUUACUUUCCCGAAAGCAAAUGAUGACAUUCGUCUCAUGGCUGGUGAUGAACUUCGCAUUCGUUAUAUUGGAGAACUACAUAAACCAUGGCAAGGAGUGGGACAUGUCAUCAAAGUUCCAAACAGUAUCCUCAACUUGGUCUAUCAGUUCUUAUCCUGAAACCUUUCCAAUAGAAUUUCCAUACAUAGUGUGCAGGCCAUCCUAACCAUGCCUGUCUAUGCACCAAGAAUAUUUUUGGAUUUCACUUAACUACAUAAGUGCAGUAUAUACAAAGACACAACCCAAAUAAAAAUAAUUACUUGAAUUUCACUAUUUUUUAUUUGAACACAUUUUGAAACACUGAUAUUAAUUUGAUGCAUCAACAGAUUGAGAGCCUUUGGACAUUUUACUUUCCAAAACUACAAUAUUUAAAAGUAGGUAAUGAUAGUUGUACAACAUUGAGAUCAUUGUAAAUGAUGAGCUAAGAAAAGCAGAUUAUUCUUAACAAUAUUUCUCAGAUUAUGGCGAGGAAGUGGGGAUUGAAUUGCGAAGUAAUCUGGGAGCACCAAUUGAGUGUACUCAUAACUUCUGUGUGGACUUCGUAUGGAAGUCAACAUCAUUUGAUAGGUAAGUCCCUCUCUAGUGCUUUCAAGCAAAUAAAAAUUUUGAUCUAGACAAGUCUAGAGAAACAUUUCAUCACAACUUGAAAGAGCAUCACAAAAUCAGUAAUAUUCCGACGUUUCAUUACGAAAUGUUGUAAAAUGCGGUUAAUAUAGCCCUGCGAAGUUUGCCGUUUUUCAGUCAUUUUGUAUUACACACGGGAAAUUGAUACCUUUUUCAGAAAGUGGUAUCAAUAUCCUGUGCGUAAUACAAAAUGACUGAAAAAUGGCAAACUUCGCAGGGCUAUUAUCCGCAUUUUACAACAUUUCGCAAUGAAACCUCGGAAAAUUACUAAUUUUGUGAUCCUCUUUCAAGCUGUAAUGAAAUUUUUGUCCAGACUUGUCUAGAUCAAAAUUUUACUCAAAAAGGGAAAGGUCUAUUGUGUAUUUUUCCUGGUAGGAUGCAAGCGGCAAUGAAGACGUUUGCUGUGGACGAGACCUCAGUCAGUGGUUAUAUUUAUCAUAAAUUACUUGGUCAUGACAUGGAAGAACAGAUUGUGAAAUGUACACUUCCAAAGAGAUUUUCAGCACCAGGGUUACCUGAACUCAAUCACUCUCAAGUCUAUGCUGUCAAAACUGUAUUACAGCGACCUCUCAGUCUUAUUCAGGUAUGCUUAACACAGCGAAUUGGAUUACCACAGAAAGUGUGUUGUCUAACAUUUAAUUUUCUUGCAUGCUAGGGUCCUCCUGGUACUGGAAAAACUGUCACCUCAGCCUCAGUGGUUUAUCAUCUUGUACGACAAAACAUGGGGUAAGACCAUGCUUGUAUUGUGUUCAUCUCUUGCCAUUCCAUUUAUUUUAUCUCCAAUCUCUUCUAGUCAAGUGCUGGUCUGUGCUCCAAGUAAUAUUGCAGUAGACCAAUUGACUGAGAAAAUACAUAAAACAGGACUCAAGGUAUCUGCCAUUAAAAUGUUCAAUAAUUAUUUGAUUGUUUAUUGUAUAUAUAGUAAUAUUUCUGACUGUUUCAACAAAAGCAUCCUAAUAGUUCCAUGCUUAGAGUUUUUUUUUGAUCAUUAAGAAUUAAAUUUCAGCAUGAGAUUCAACACCUCAAAUUACUAUUUUGUACACACGUAAAAACGCACAAGUUGUAACAAACCUGCAGCAGACUUGUAGCAAUGCUGUUUCAACAACAUGUCAACAGAAUGUAUUCGCACUGCUUGUUCCCAGUUUGUUGACAAGUAGUCAACGGUUGUUGAGCUCAACAGACUUGUUACAAGUUGUUGGAACAACUUGUUAUCAUCCUGCAAUUCAACAAGUUGUCAACAAGUUGUGAGUGACAACUUUGUAGCAACUUGAUGAAAUAACAGCAAUGUUACAACUUGUUGACAAGCUUGCUAUUUUUACGCGUGUACAUGAAGCACUCAACAUAAAAACUUAACAUUUUCAGGUUGUUCGUCUUUGCGCUAAAAGUCGCGAGGCCAUAGAUUCUCCAGUGGCGUUCCUGGCGUUACACAAUCAAGUACGGAACAUGGACAGUGUGCCUGAGUUGCAGAAACUACAACAACUGAAGGAUGAACAAGGAGAAUUAUCUUCAUCUGAUGAGAAGAGAUAUAAAACAUUGAAGAGAAAUUGUGAACGAGAAUUACUUCAGGUAACUUGUGGAGAACAGUGGGAUUUUCAAAAUAAUAAAAAAGAUAAUGGAAUAUUUUGAUCAUUGGGGGUCAUGACUGACUCUAUAUUGUUAUGCUAAGUUUGUUGUUGAAAAGUUUGAAUGAUUAUCUUGAUCUAGAAUGCAGAUGUGAUAUGUACUACAUGUGUCGGAGCUGGUGAUCCUCGCUUGUCAAAGUUCCGCUUCAGAUCUGUCCUUGUUGACGAGUCAACUCAAGCAACUGAACCUGAGUGUAUGAUACCUGUUGUUGUUGGAUGUAAACAGGUGAGCACAUUGUGUGACUACAAGUAUUUGGUUACUCAUAACUGAGACUUGAUCCAGCUUAUAGCAGCUAUAACAUCUCUCAAGUCUCUUUACUUUUUUUUUUUUUCAAUUAUAUAGCUUGUUCUUGUUGGUGACCAUUGUCAAUUGGGACCGGUCGUUAUGUGCAAAAAGGCUGCUAAGUAUGAAUUAUUUACGACAUAGCUUUGGUUAAUUGGUUACAUUGUAUUACAGUAGCAAGUUGUGAUUACAAGUACGUGCUUGAAGGGAGUCAAACAUGUACUACUUGAAACACUUGCGAGUGAUUCGCGCUACUGGAUUGAAAUUGUUCUGUCCUGACUAUAUAUUCUAAUAAUAUUGCUCUAAUUUGGCGAGGUUGAUCAUGUUUUAUUUUUCCCUAGUGCUGGUUUGUCGCAAUCCUUGUUUGAACGUCUGGUGGUUCUUGGGAUACGCCCCAUACGUCUUCAAGUGCAAUACCGUAUGCACCCUGCACUCAGUGAAUUUCCCUCCAACUUGUUUUAUGAUGGCACUUUACAGAAUGGCGUUACUGUUGGUAAGUCGAUGGUGAUUGUACGUUUAAUUAUCUCCGCCAGGAGGUUAUGUAAUCAUCUGGGUUUGUGUGUGUGUGUGUGUGUGUUGCCUGUGAGCACGAUAACUCAAGAAAUACCAAACAUAUUCAUACGAAAUUUUUUGAAUGCAUUUCCCAUCGGCUAAGGAAGAACUGAUUAAAAUUUGGUUGAAUUUGGUUAAAAAUUGAAGAGAAAUAAACAAAAUUUUGUCUUGCUUUUCCUGGUCAAUUAAAAAAACUCACUGAAUGCGUAAUUAGGACGUGUAUAAUGUAUGCACGCAGUACUAAGACAAUAAUGAGAUGAUAAACCUCAUUAAGCUUCAGCCUUCAUUAUCUAUUGUCUUAGUUGCAUUUCACACGACCGAAAUUCAAUGGGGGCGGAGGUAUGCAGUCUCUGAGUGCCCUCUAGUUGCUACUGCAUUCAUGACAUGCAGGCCAGUGAUAAACUAUUCUUACAUUGAGUAUUUGAUUGUGAUUACAGCAGAGAGAAUGCUACCUGGUAUGGACUUUCCUUGGCCAGUGCCAGAAAAACCAAUGUUCUUUUACGCGACCACUGGCCAGGAAGAGAUUGGCUCAUCUGGAACAUCUUUUCUUAAUAGGUUUGUAUAAUAAUAGUUUUACAGCAACUCUUAGUUCUCAAAAUACAAUACACCAAAAAUUGGUAACUGAACUGAACUUGAGAAUUCUAAAAGAAUCGACAUGAUUUAUAUUCCUUGUCACACAGAACCGAGGCUGCAGCCGUUGAGAAGAUUGCAACAAGAUUCUUACGUGCGGGUGUUAAACCUGAACAGAUUGGAGUGAUCACACCUUAUGAAGGACAGCGUGCAUAUAUUGUACAAUACAUGCAGUACAGUGGAUCUAUGCAUGUCAACUUAUAUCAGGUAUCGCGUAGGAAUUUCUCUUUGAUGUUCACCCCAACACAAUAUGUCACACCACAGACUUACGAAAUAAUCAUCUUAUUACUAUAAACAGCUAGCUUAAUUUGUCAAAUCAGAUUGCUGAGGGGGGCUGGAUUAAAACUGUGUUUUAACUUAAGUGAGUUUUAUGCAGGAUAUUAAUAUCUUUGUAAAUAUUUGCAGGACAUUGAAGUUGCAAGUGUGGAUGCUUUCCAAGGACGAGAGAAAGAUUACAUUAUUUUGUCGUGUGUUCGUUCGAAUGAACACCAGGUAAACGAUUUGACUUGCCGAGACAACAUUCUGCUCCAUUUUGGACGAGUUUACAUGAAAAUUGAACAACAUGUGAUAUAUUUGCAACUACUUUCUUGUUGCCGCAUGUUGACCAUCAUCUGCUAAAUAAAAUAUUUUAUUCUCAGGGUAUUGGUUUCUUGCAAGAUCCUCGCCGUCUGAAUGUUGCAUUGACUCGAGCAAAGUUAGUUUUUCUUUUCAUUGAAUUAUUUUCAAUUGAUAUUCAACUGAAGUAAUUCUUCCUCUAUUUCCGACAGAUAUGGAACAUUGAUCGUUGGAAACCCUAAAGUUUUGUCGAGAGUAAGUGUCUCUGACGCUCGUGUUUUAUAUUUAUCUAUUAAGUUCAAACACAACCCACGACAGUAGUAUCUGUAAAAAUGGCAAUGUGUUUAUUUUGUUUUUACAGCAAGAACUGUGGAAUCAUUUGUUGAACUAUUACAAGGAGAACAAAGUUCUUGUUGAAGGUAGAAGCUGGCUUUGCAAAUUUAGAAUCUAGAGAUUUUUAUUGAUAAAUACGUUUGUUUCUAUAGGUCCGUUAAACAACAUGAAAGAAAGUAUGAUUCAAUUCAGUAAACCAAGAAAACUUGUCAAUAAAACAAACCCUGUAAGUAUGUCGUGAUCGCUGAAGUGUGCAUUUCGUAGAAAGGAACACUUUCAUUGCCACGACUGUUACGUCAGGCUUAUCUUAUAUUCUCAAUGUUUAUUCCUAUAGGGUGGUCGUUAUAUGAGCUCUACGAUGUUUGACGCCCGAGAAGCUCUAAUGCCUGGUCGGGUUAUUGGUCCCGGUUUUCCACCCCAGAUGGACCCCACGGCGACAUAUCAAGACGCGUACUACAGAACGCACGACAGGAUGGGUUAUAUUGGCGCUGAGAGGACAGUUGCCGCUGCUGUGGGAAAUAUUCCUAUUCCUGUAGGAAUGUUCUUACCUCCCAUGCCACCUCAACCUCCACACAGCUAUUACAAUCAAGUACGUUCAAUUAGCCUCGUUCCCAGGCUUUUCCCUCUUUACCGGUCUUGUAGAAGAAAAAACCUAAAUUUUCCAUUUACCUCUAAAUACAAGACUACAUCAUUUUCUUAUUUGCUGAUUGACACCCGUCUGCUGCAUGACAGUUGUAUUGCGUAAAUCAAGCACACAAUUACGACAAUUUAGGCGAGUUGUGUGCUUGAUUUACACAAUACAACUCGGGUUGUAAGCAGUUGCAUGCCACAGGCAAAUGUUAUGUUGUGUACAUGUAAAUCGAGCUUUACGGACCAGUAGAUGCAUGGUGGUAAAAUUGAGCAGUGUUUGAGGGUAAAUAUGAUCUCCUCUUGUGUUCAGGCAAUGGCAGGUCGUCCAAUGCCAGGGGUACGUCAACAACAUGUUCCUAAUCAAUAUCGUACUAACCGCGCUCCAGCUUCAAGUAACAGACAUCCAAUGAAUCAUGCGCCUUAUGGAGGUCACAUGAACACUAGUCAAGCCAGUCAGGUAAGCUUCAAACAUAAAUGAAUACAUGCACUAUAUCGAAAGUAAAACCAUUUCGAGUAGAUAGCGAAGAAUACAAACUCUGCAUGUAGAUCAAUUAUCGUACAAGCGUGGAGACCGGGGACUCAGUACAUAUACUACUUAUACAAAAGUGGGAACAGUACUGUUGUUGCAAGGUACCAAUCCCUUUUCUUCAAAUGUAGAGGCUAUGAUCAAAAAUUUUCUUUUUGAUCACUUUCAGCAAGAACUUUUUUCCGUACAAAAAAUACUGAAAGAACAUUUUUCAGGAAGGUGCAUCAUAUAGCUCGCAGUCUAAAAUAAUAAUUUUUGUCACAAUCCUUGGUAUCUGUGAGUUGACUGGCAAGUUUACUAAUCACUUUCCUACCUUCAGGACGCCUCCCAACCAUUAUCUCAAGGUCCUCUUACUCAAGGUGGUAUGUCUAUGAGUCAACCAAUGGCGUCUCAACCUCUCUCUCAGCCUGAACUGUCACAGGUAAAUAUCGCUGAUAUACUUUCACUAAGCGUUACCGAGCAUCACAUGCUGAACUCUUGACAAGCAAGAAAAUUGAGCUGUUGCAAACUAUAGGCCCUCUACUAGGAAUCCAACCUGCGGCUCUGUGAUUCCAGUGCAGUGCUCUAACCAACUGAGCCACAGUUGACGAGCUCGACCACAAUUUCAUGUAUAUAUACUGAGGUGACAAUGUCAGGUGUAUGGGGGAAAUAUCAGGAUCUCACUCGAUAGAUAUAUUAAAACAUUGUGUUGUUCUUAUAGGAUAGUUAUCUUGCUGAAGAUUUCCACUUGAAGUCUCAAGGAGAUGCAGUCUUGUCUCAGGACUCAACAUAUCAGGGUGAUCAGGGAUAUAUGAAUUCCCUGCCUGAUUACAGUCAACCUAACUACGCCUCCCAGUAUUAACUGCCCGCCCGCAGGCAUGUAGGGAGCCCGUGUCAGGCCAGGGCUCCCACUGCCCCCACUCAGGGCAAGGUAGGAGGGAGAUGGAGAUGUACCCCCGGAGAAGACAAUCCCUUUGUUGAGAAAAGUUGAGAGUUUAUUUGAAGAUCAUUUCAUCGUUCAGUAUUAACGAGUUGGUUAUUACAGCUGAGCCAAGCAACCGUUUUAUUGGCAACCGAAGAGAAAAGCUUGUUGGGAAGAGUUUGUUGGGAAGUUGAGAGCAAGAGUUUAAAUGACUAAUCUGAUAUUGUACCUUUAUUGACUGAAUUUUUAUCUGGAUUUAUUAUCUAACAGUAUACAGUUUGAGUUUAAUGUUGUUGUAAUUAGGACCUUAUCGUACUAUAGCUGCGUCAGGUGUCAAAGUCGAAAUAAUUAUAGGUAAAGUACAUCAUGUGAACAUCAAGGAACAACUUCAUAAUCUAGUUAACUAACUCUAGUUGCUUGGGAAGCUUGUAACCGCUCAUUUUUAUAAAUAUUAAAACAUGCAUUAAAACGUUUCAUC